GGGACUCCUCGUCCCCUCUCUUCCCUCGCUGCAGUUUUAACUCAUCUCCAUCAAUGCAGUCACCCUUUUUUUAUUUUGCUUAUUUUGCUGCGCUGCUUUUUCAUUUUCCCUAUUCCGGGAUCCAAGGAUUUAUUUGUUGAAAAAACAAUCCCAAAACAUGGAUUGCCCUGUUUGACUGAGGCAAAAGGUUUUUUUUUCCAAAAGCCAACGCUAAACACCGGGACUCCAACUGGGACUUUCUUUUUGUUGGUUUUCUGCAACAGUGGAUUCCCCCCUUUUGAUGAACUUCCAGGGUCUUGGUCAGAGUGAAAGACGUGGAUCGAAAGACAAAGGCAUAGGAUCCUGUACAGUUUUCGAGGAGUAGUUAGAAAAACCAAGGUUGCAUCAAGCACUUGUGGAGAAAGUAUUAUGUCAGUAUCAAGUUUAUGGGAUAAUUGAAAGGUGCACUGAUUGAUUCUGAGACCCCUUUCUGCAAGUGUGGCCACAGGGAUUUCUGAGGAGUGGAAGUGAGUGGAGCUCUGAGUUUGUCAGCUGGCCUCUCCUUACUCCUAGAGUGUCCUUUUACCCAACCCCAUGGGAUUCUGACAUUUAACCCAACUAUCAGAUCCUAGAUGUUUUUGCAUUUUGCUUUGUUUGUGCAACUUGCAGUCCAGUAACUCUGAGAGGCAAGCUUGUACUUUUGGAUUUAAGCCUUUUCUGUGUGACCGAGACAUUUUGACAUGCUUUGUUUGACCAAAUUCUAGUAAUGCCUUAUAAACAGAUUCUUCCCCCCCACUGCCGUAUGCGCUGAAAGAGCUGUGACAUUAUCUGCUGUGGACAUCCCGCUGUUAUUGUAGCCUGUGUCUGUGUUUUGAUUCGGACAAUAGCUGGGCAUACAUGGGCUCCAGACGCUGACAGAGAACCACCAAAAUAGGGGAAGCCUGCUCUAUUAUUCACCACAAAUUGAAACUUUGAAUUAAACUGAAGAGCCAAUCCUUAAUCUUUAAAAUAAUCUAAGCUAUUUUUUUUGUUUGAAGAGUAUCUGCUGGAGGAAGCAUGCUCUCAGUUUUGUCCCGUAACCUUGUGUGGUUUCCUUCUUCACAUCUUCUGUGCUCUCUGCCCCUGUGGUGACGACUUAAAAUCCCCAGCCUCCUGGUGGCAACUCUCAUUAAAAUCAUGCGAUGAGGCCACAGAUCGGGGCUCCAAACCAGCAGGGAUACUCGCCUCUGGGAUCCAUGCUGGUAGCGGGACUAAUGCUACUUCACUUUUGGUUGAAUCAUUUUUCCUAUUCCACUGACUGCCAUCACCAGCCAUGCUCAAUUUGAAAGAAGAGAGAAACAAGUUGCCAUGCUGUUUCAGAGACCGUACUGAAUUUCCUCCAGUCACCGUUCACUUGAUUGAGACCCAGCAAUGUGAGGGUAUGCUGAGCAAAAGCACAAGUGUGCUUGAGAGAAUAAUACGCUGUUUGAACUGAGGGGUGGUGAAAAACCAGAGGGUCACUGGCAGAUCUCCAGUUUCAAGUCAGUCUGUUUAUGGGUGGCAUACAACAAAUCUGACUCACCUACACCGAGAAAAUGAACCACUCUGAACUGGCGACACAUCCUACGCUCACUGCCAACAGCAGCGAUGGAGACAUCUUUUCUGGCAGGGCCUCCAACCACUCUUGCCCUUUGGGAUGGGGGUUGAAGGAAGGCGUGGAGGCCUGCGUAUUGGAGACUGUUGUCAUCGUGCUUUUGACGGUCCUCAUUAUUGUCGGGAACCUGACUGUGAUCUUCGUGUUUCACUGUGCCCCUCUGCUGCAUCACUACACCACAAGCUACUUCAUCCAGACGAUGGCCUACGCUGACCUGCUGGUUGGUCUCAGUUGCCUCGUGCCCACAUUGUCUCUGCUACACUACCCAGCAGGUGUCCAGGAACCAAUUACGUGCCAGGUUUUCAGCUACGUCAUCUCAGUUCUGAAGAGCGUCUCAAUGGCCUGUUUGGCCUGCAUCAGUGUGGAUCGUUACCUAGCCAUAACCAAACCACUAUCAUACAACCAACUGGUGACGCCAUGUCGACUACGAGGCUGCAUCGCCAUCAUUUGGGUUUACUCCAGCCUGGUUUUCUUGCCCUCCUUCUUUGGUUGGGGUAAGCCAGGAUAUCAUGGGGAUAUAUUUGAAUGGUGUGCUCACUCUUGGCCCACCUCGGCCAUAUUCACUGGCUUCGUGGUGUGCUUUCUUUAUGCACCGGCCGCACUUGUCGUCUGUUUUACCUAUUACCACAUCUUUCGCAUUUGCCAACAACACAACAGGGAGAUCAGCGAACGGAGGGCCCGGUUCCCCAGCCAGGAAAUGGAACCCGGGGAGGGGAACAGCAGUGGGCAUCACGGAGGGCACGGACCAGAUCGACGCUACGCCAUGGUGCUGUUCCGCAUCACAAGUGUUUUCUAUAUGCUUUGGCUUCCUUACAUAAUUUACUUUCUCCUAGAGAGUUCCCACGUGUUAGAUAUCCCUGCCUUGUCAUUCAUCACCACCUGGCUAGCCAUUAGCAACAGCUUCUGCAAUUGUGUCAUCUACAGUCUGUCAAACAGUGUGUUUCGCUUGGGCAUGCGCAGACUGUCACAGACUAUGUGCUCUUUCAGCCACUGUGGUGCAGACGAAAGGGAUUUUGGAGAGCCCAAGCCGAGAAAAAGAGCAAACUCAUGCUCCAUCUGAGUGACUGCUUUAUUAAUGGGGUUAAAAUUCUCCUUAAAAAGUUAAUUUUCAGUAGAAAAUCUGGAAACGCCUUUCUGUUUUGUCAAACAAUAAUCUUGACUCGCUCAAAAAAAAAAAAGGUGACUGGGGUUUUCAAGGAGACAGAUGCAGUGUCUAGACCGAGAAUAUUAAUGAGAGGUGGGCUUUCUGUGAUGGAUUUUAUUACACCGCACCACAGAGGCUUACUCAGGCUUUCACCUUAUGUCAGGCAGAGUGCAAAAUCAAAAUGACAAACAUCCCCAAAAAUGAACAAUUAAACAUCCCAUAUAUAAUUUUACCUUAAUGCUUGUCAAACUUUUAUUUAUUUUUUAUCAGAGAUUAUGUUUAUUUAAAAAUACAGUUUAAGGUCCCUCAUUAACAUUAGACAUACUUAAAGACACAAACAGUGACCAUGACAACAGAAGCUGAUAAAUGUUAAUCAUGACUGUUUUUUAUUUAUUCAUUUAUUUAUUUUUUGAGAAAAAUAUAAUUUUUCUAGUAAUUUGUUUUUCUUCGACCACUGAUCUGACUGUUUAAAUCAGCGCCUUAACAAAGUUAUCAAUGCAUUUUAUUUAUUUAUUUAAUUUAUUUUUAAUCUGAUUAUUAGCUAUAAAUGGAAGAAAGCAUUUUUUCCCAAAUGUAAGGACAGUCGCCCAGAUGUAUCCUGUGUUUUUUGUGUGUUUUAGAGUGGUGUGUUGAAGAUGGUAGUGGAUUUUAUUUCGGAGCAGCAAAGUGUGGGGGUUUAGAUUAAUGUAAUCUGAUGUAGUUUGAAAUUGCUGUAAGGAUAAAUCUCAUCUGAAAUUACCUUUCCAUUUGUGUAAAUGUUCAAGGCUGCAGGAAUACGGUCAUGGAUUGUAGUUCUGUGCAUUGAACAGUACUCUAUUCUUCUUUUUAGUUUUUUUUUUUUGUCUUAUUUUUCUUAUUUCUUACACUUUCUUCUUAAUAGUGCUCUUAAUCAUUGAAAUAUGACACCAAGCCCUCACACAAAGGUUGCUGAAGUUGAAAAUGAGAUAAAACUCGCAUCUAUAUAAUGAAAUUAAAGUGUUUUACAAUUUUUAAUCUGAUACCGAUAGUUUAAAAAAAAAUUUAAACUGUAGUUCUUUGCUUUAAUUUCAAUUACUUUUCUUGUUUUGUCAAAGCCUUGCCAAAACAUUUUACCCUCUUAAACCUUUUUUCAUAUUUUCUGAUGCUACAUCUAUAAACUUGAGUGUGAAUUAUGGGAGAAACCAACACAAAGUGGUGGAUAAUGGAGGAAAAUAAACAUGAAACAUGGUUUCCAUUGUUGCAUUCAUUUUUAUUCAGACUUCCUGAGUCGAUAUUUAAUAGAGCAAUAAUUUGCCGUAAUUAGAGCUGCAAAUUUUUUAGAGUAUGUCUCUACCAGUAGAGAUUCAAGUUCUGCUCCUUUAUCUUUGCAAAAUAGCUCAA